AUGGCUUCCGAGAAAACUGAUUCAUCUGUCAACGAUCCUCCCCCUACCAAUACCAAUAGUACUGGUUCUAAUACCAAUACCAAUACUAAUACCACUGGUUCUAAUACCAAUACCAAUACCAAUGAUCUCAAUACCAACCCUAAAGACCCAUCCAGCCCCUACUUCCUUAAUCCAAACAAUGGACCUAGAACCCUUCUUACCACUCAUCUCCUUACCGCAGAAAACUAUCAUUCUUGGGCUCUUACCAUCCAUAGAUCCCUUCGAAUCAAGAAGAAACUGAGCUUCAUUGAUGGUACGAUUCCUGAAUCUACUGCCCCAAACUCUGCUCUGUUAGAACCAUGGCUUGAAUGUAAUGACAUGGUUGUAACUUGGCUUCAAAAUGCAAUGUCCCUUGAACUCAAAAACAGUGUUGUGUAUGUUGAGACUGCUCAUGCCCUGUGGCUUGAGUUAGAGCAAUGCUUUGCACAAAACAAUGGCCCACAGAUUUAUGAAUUGAAACAAUCAAUCCACUCUCUUACUCAAGGGGAUGACUCUGUUAGUCUCUAUUUCUCAAAAUUAAAAAGUUUAUUUGAUGAACUUCUUAAUUUUGAAAUCAUUCCAUCUUGUGCAUGUGGGGCUAUGCAACCUGUCAUUGCAAACCAACAACGUGACUGGAUGAUGAAGUUCCUCAUGGGACUUAAUGAUUCUUUCACCAAUAUCAAAGCUCAAAUCAUUCUACUUAAACCCACCCCUACCUUGAGUGAAGUUUAUGCUCUUGUUCAACAAGAAGAGAAGCACAAAUGUUUCAAAGCCAAUCCUCCCCUUGAAAAACCCACUUGCACUCAUUGCAACCUUGUUGGCCAUACUGUUGACAGAUGCUAUAAACUACAUGGCUAUCCACCAGGCCAUAAAUUGGCUACUCGAAGCAAAGGUUCUGAUCCAUCAGCUAACCAAAUUAGUCUCUCCAACCGAGAACAGAUCACUGAGGACUCACAAGCUGCUCUUAGUAAAGAACAAUAUCAGCAUCUCAUUACUUUGCCCCAAUCUCAAGCUACACAGCAGGCUGCUAAACAAGUUCAGCCCCUUGAUAGAUAA